CUCCCAUAAACAUAGAGGAAAAAUAAAAUCAUAAGUUGUGAGAAAAGCUGCACCUUUUUCAUGCAAUAUUUAAUGUUCUUAGUAGCUAUCUCAGAUCAACUAUGUGCGCAUUAAAGGACUUUCAGCACUGGGUUACUCACGUGAUUAAAAAAAAAACACAGUUCCUGACAGGUAACUUGAGCUGCAGGUUUUCCUCGAAAGGUAACGUUCUUAAUGUAGGCCUACAAUUAAGAACGCAACGAAACAGGUUAUUGACUAGUCAACAUUAUUAAAUCACAAUUCACUCAAAUCUACACCAAAAUGAAGAGUUUCUUUUUAUUUUCAUACGUUUUACUUUUGAAAGGUAAGUGUUUAAAGAGUUCAUGAGACUUUCUCUUUCACUUAGCUUGCUAAUGUUUGUUUGAGUUCAAGUUUAUGUAUGCUAUUUGUAAAUUCAAGUAAAGACGUGAUUAAUUAAAGUAGAAAUAAUUCACUUAUGCAUGUAACUUUUGUAAAGGUUUACUUUAGUUCUUAGCAGUCAUGUGCAAAUGUUCAACUUGAAUCUCUUUUGAGAAACAGGUGUGUUUGGUGCUUCAGAUGAAGAGAUGUCGGUGACGGAGGGAGAUUCUGUCACUCUACACACUGAUCUUACUGAAACACAGAAAGUUGAGCUGAUACGUUGGAGAUAUGGACCUGAUAGUGCUCCUAUAGCUCAACUCAACAGAGAGAUUAAUAAGAUCUCAUUUGAUGUUCUUGACGGGAGAUUCAGAGACAGACUGAAGCUGGACGAUCAAACUGGAUCUCUGACCAUCACAAACAUCACAAAUGAACACAGUGGACUCUAUGAACUACAGAUCAGCAGCAGAAACAAGGUUUCAUCUAAGAAAUUCAGUAUUGUUGUUUCUGGUGAGUCUCGUCUGCCUGUUCCUGUUAUCAGCAGAAACUGUUCUUCAUUAUCCUCAUCAUCAUCCUCAGAGCAGAAUUGUUCAUUGCUGUGUUCAGUGGUGAAUGUGAGUCAUGUGACUCUCUCCUGGUACAAAGGAAACAGUUUAUUGUCCAGCAUCAGUGUGUCUGAUCUCAGCAUCAGUCUCUCUCUACCUCUGGAGGUGGAAUAUCAGGAUAAAAACAGCUACAGCUGUGUGCUCAACAAUCCCAUCAGCAACCAGACUCAACAUCUGGACAUCACUCAGCUCUGUCACACAUGUUCAGUGGAUGGAUCGAGUUUAACCACAGGAGACGGCUUAUCUUUAGGUCACAUGGUGCUGAUCUGCGUUGUUGUAGUUGCUGUACUAGUCUUGGCUGUGGUUGGGAUGUUCAGUAUCUACUGGAAAUAUAGAAAAACAGAUCAACCGCGUAAGUUUACUCACAUUUAACCUGUUAAAUGUCACUCACAUUUUUGAACAUAGACUUGAAAGUGCAUGAUCCAAACCUAAAUUUUUAUAAUUCAUGACUGAAAACAUUUUGUGACAUGAUUUUGAUGUACCAUUUUCAUGAUAAUGCAAUGUUUGAAUUUAAAAUGGGUUUCAAAGGAUGAAUUUUGAGAUUUUAAGUUUUCAAGUGAUAUAUAAUUUCUGAGGAUUUCUAAAGUGUGAUAGAGAAAAAGGCAAUAAAGAAGACUUUCUUUUGACAAAGGUCAAAACUUCUGUUAUGAUGCAUGGUUUUUGAG